CUUGGUGUUAGUCAGGUGGAAUCCCUGGUUGGGCUCCUCAGGAGCCUUUGUGCCAAAGGAGGUGGAGAGGAGGAGCCUGAUGCUGGAGGGAGGCUUGGUGACAACCUGCCUGUCAAGGAGUGAAAGAAGGAGAUUAUCCGACAAAAGAGAACAGCAGUGUUGGCUGCCCUGAUAGGGAAGAAACAGGACCGUUCAGAGGAGAAAGAUUAAGAAAAAAAACUAGGCCUGGUCUUUUCAAACAUCAGUGACAGUGGAAUUGUUCAAAGAUAGUUAUUGACAUGAAAUUAAAAUGGUUGGGGUAGGAGCUGGGAACAGAGUGGAGUUUAGGAGUUCAUCUGAGCUGGGAUGGGAACUAAUGCUUUAGGUGGCCAGAUUAGAGCAGUAAAUGAUUUAAGUAAGUGCAAAGAAGGGAAUGAGGAUACAGCCCUGAGGGUUGCCGGUGAGGAGCAGGUAAAAGAGCAAGUCGUUGAGGUCGGGAAGGGAACCAGAUUAACUGUGAAAGAGGUGACGCGAUGGAAGGCAUGCCAAAGCAACGGGCAGUUCCAGGACUGCACGAAGCUGAAAGUUACUCCCUGGCCCAACCUAGUUGUCGGUAGUUUCAGCAGUCAGAAACUAGGCUGCGGCAGAUCAAGGGCACUUAACGGGAGUGGGAGGGAAAUACGGAGGGAUGAGGAGGGUCAGAAGAACAGCUUCGCACCACAGUCGACACUGAAAUGGAAAAACAGUGCAGUGGAAACCUGUAAGAAACUAGGGCAAAAGUGGUUCCGUUCUGGACCUUUCCAACAGGAACAGUAUGGCAUAGGUGUAAACUAUUGAGACAGAAGCGUUAAUGCCCUUCAUACCCAGCUCUGUGUAGUGCUGCUGCCGCUACCGCUGGGAGGAAUUUAAGAGCAGUGGCAGUGGCAUGCAACCUCAAGUAACAGCACUUGCCCCGUUGCACGUAUGCCUGUGAUCUCUUUCUGGUUAAGGUCUUUAGAAAAUUCAUAGGUGAUAGUUAAGAGUUUGAAAAGGAAAUAAAAAGUAAAGAAGUCUCCUGUGCUCUCUAUGCGCAAGUGUAACAUGAGAAGACAAAUACAUUUGUUUCCAGAAGAGAUGACCAGGUGGAAUGAGGUAAUAGGGGGAAUUUGCAUGGGAAGGUUUUUGUUUGUUUGUUUGUUUUUAGGCUCUAAUGAUAUCCAAUUAAAACCUAAUCCAGAGAGUACAUUAUUCUCCUCCACAUGGUCUUUCUUUUUGUUAAAACCAGAUCUUCCCUACAGGCAAGACUGGACAGUGAAGCUCGUUAUUUCGAGUAACAAGCGACUUGUGGCCUUAGUGCCAAAUGACACUUCAUUCAACACCAGACGAGCCUACACCAGCGAAGAUGAAGCCUGGAAGUCGUAUUUGGAGAAUCCCCUAACAGCAGCUACCAAGGCUAUGAUGAGCAUAAAUGGUGAUGAGGACAGUGCUGCUGCUCUUGGCCUAUUGUAUGACUAUUAUAAAGUUCCCAGAGAUAAAAGGCUGUUGUCUGUUAACAAAGUGAGUGAUAAUCAAGAAGACCAAGAUAAAAGAAAUUGUCUUAAUACCACGGAAGCUCAGAGUAAUUUAAGUGGGGGAGAGAACCGUGUGCAAGUCCUGAAGACAGUGCCAGUUAACCUUUCCUUGAACCAAGAUCCUUUGGAGUCAUCCAAAAGGGAAUACAACACAAAUGUGUCUGGGAGCUCAACACCCAUCACAGGGACCGGAGUGACUGUGGUUAAAGCAGAGGAAUUCACCCCUGUUUUUAUAACCCCACAAACACACUAUGCAAGAGGAGAAAACGAGGAGCACCGAGGGGUUAUCUUUGAACCAUACGAAGUGUCCAAUAUUGCUCCCCACACAAAUUAUCUCAAAGAUGACCAGCGCAGUACUCCUGACAGUACCUACAGCGACACCUUCAAGGAUGGAGGAACAGAAAAGUAUCGGAGUGUGUCAGUGGGGGCUGAAGAAUAUAUUUAUGAACAAACAAGCAGCACUUUUCAGUAUACACUAGAAGCUACCAAGUCUCUGCGUCAAAAGCAAGGGGAGGGGCCCAUGACCUACUUGAACAAAGGACAGUUCUACGCCAUCACCCUGAGUGAGACGGGUGAUAACAAAUGUUUCCGGCAUCCCAUCAGCAAAGUCAGGAGUGUGGUCAUGGUUGUUUUCAGUGAGGAUAAAAACAGAGAUGAACAGCUGAAAUACUGGAAGUACUGGCAUUCCCGGCAGCACACAGCUAAACAGAGGGUCCUCGACAUUGCUGAUUACAAGGAGAGUUUUAAUACCAUUGGGAAUAUUGAAGAAAUUGCAUUUAAUGCCGUGUCCUUUACUUGGGAUGUCAAUGAGGAGGCAAAGAUUUUCAUCACAGUGAAUUGCUUGAGCACAGACUUCUCCUCACAAAAAGGAGUAAAAGGGCUUCCUUUGAUGAUUCAGAUCGAUACGUACAGCUACAACAACCGCAGCAAUAAACCCAUCCACCGAGCCUACUGCCAGAUCAAGGUCUUUUGUGACAAGGGAGCAGAAAGGAAAAUCCGAGAUGAAGAGAGGAAGCAGAACAGGAAGAAAGGCAAAGGCCAGGCAUCCCAAGCCUCGUGUAAUAAUGCUGAAGGGAAGCUGAGUGCACUCCCUCUGCAGAAAAAGAGUGAUAUCACCUUCUUCAAAACAAUGGCUGACCUGGAUUCCCAGCCAGUUCUCUUCAUACCAGAUGUUCACUUUGGAAACUUACAAAGAACUGGACAGGUUUACUAUAAUACAGAUGAUGAGAGAGAAGGUAGCAGUGUCCUGGUCAAAAGGAUGUUCCGGCCUGUGGAGGAGGAAUUUGGUCCAUCCCCAUUGAAACAAGUGAAAGAAGAAGGCCUGAAAAGAGUGCUUUUGUAUGUGAGGAAGGAGACAGAUGAGGUGUUUGAUGCUUUGAUGCUGAAAUCACCCACAGUAAAGGGGCUAAUGGAAGCUAUCUCUGAGAAAUAUGGGCUACCAGUUGAAAAGAUUGCAAAACUUUAUAAGAAGAGCAAAAAGGGUAUCCUGGUAAACAUGGAUGACAACAUUAUUGAGCACUACUCCAACGAGGACACGUUCAUCCUGCACAUGGAGAGCAUGGUUGAAGGCUUCAAGAUCACACUGACAGAGAUCUAGCCUCAGGCAGAGCCUUUUUGUAAGGAACCACAGCAUUUCAUCCUUCUUGGAAAGCAGAAGAUUUCCCAGGAACUUGACAGAUGUUGAUCAGAGAAACUGUUACAAAACUACUUUUAAAAUACUGUCCAUUCUGCACAUGUGCACCCACUGCAUAUAGACUUGGGUUUGUCAAGCACAAAGCCACCCACAUUAACCUGGUCCCUUAUUUAUUGUUCCCCACUCUCUAGUGUACAAGCAGUUACCAGCCCCCAGAUUUGUAAUCAGAUGACCUACUGCAAAUGUGAAACAUGGCAUUUUAAUCCAUACUUUAGUGUGGAUAAGCUUGUUCUAAAACAUGUUAAAGAAUCCUGCUGGUCUAGUUCCAGAAAUCUGGUAUAAAUUACUUUAACCAAUAGUUGUCUCCAUCAGUGCUACAAAGCUGUUGCACUUCUAAAGAUGGGGAAAGUGGCUGAGAGUUCACUUGCUCAGACUGAUCUGUGUCUCUAUAUAGUGUAUAGUCUUGCCAAAUACCUCUGGUAGUUCUCAGCACGUAGCAAUGAGGACUUGUAAGUAAGGCAUUCAGCUACAAAUGUCACUUGUAAUUAAAUGGUAAAGAAACCAUUUUAACCUUGUAUAUAAUGUUUAUAAUAUGCAAUAAUAUAUUUUAACUACUGUAUGUGGGCACGUUUACUGCCACUAUGUUUUUGUAUGUAUUGGGUUUAGGGUUUAACAGAAUCUUUCCUAGAGGAUUAAAUUGCUGCAAUCUGUUAAGGUUGUGUACUGAGAAGCUGAUAACUUAAUCUGCACUCAUAUGCUCUAUCCUUGCUCACACAGUUAUAUAUUGAAAUAUUAGAGCAAACCAUGCUACAGCAUCUUGAGUUCUGUGGCACAAGGGAGCCCACCUUAGGUGCCCGCCUCCCCGCUGUAGAUACCUGAGUCUCCCAUCCAGCUGUCACCAAAUCCAAGAGGCAUCACAUGUCUGCUGCCUGAUGUGCCUAGAGGCUCAGAAGGAAGGCUCCCAAAGCAGCCUUUUCUCAAGCCUGUGGUGGGAAAGGUGCUUUCUGCAGCAGCCUGCUCAUUAAAGCAUUCCUCUAGACUGUAAGAAACAGGACUUCAAACUCUUCCUCUUAAGGGUACUUGCUCUUGUAUCUCUGUUUAAUGAUUUCUGAGACAGUUGAGUGAGGUAUAAACCUGGGCUUGAUGUAAAUACUUUUAUCGAAAUUGGAAUAAUUUUGCCUGUGCAGACCAAGUAUCCCACAACUGAGGCGUGGAGAUAGGUCAGUCUCACAAGGGCUGGAUCCGAACCCAAGUUGAAGUACAUGGUUAUCCCAUCAAAUUCCACCCUGUCUCUUGAGUUCUGUGAAGAAAUAAAGUUGUGCAGGCUAGGAUCACAAGGAAAGGGGUUCAAGGCCUGAAUGUCCCUAGCGCAUCCAAACACAGUACCUCUCUCUCUCCUUUCCAGCUCCUCUGGCUAUUGUAGGGAGCUCCUCACUCGGGGUAUAGUCCUGUGAGUUUCAGCUGCAUUUUAUUCUCUAUGCACUGUUCAUGAGUCCUGUGUGACAGACAGAAGUGUGGGUCCUUUCUUACAUGCAGCCUUUAGAGUUUAUUUUUUUUCCUUCUGAAACAUUUUUUCCUUCAGUCACACAACCUUUUUUUAUUAGGUGGUUAGUGGAAUAAAGAAACGCUGCCUAGUUUAACAGGGCUCACUCUCUAGUGUUUUGAGCUGUGUGGAGCUAUUUGUUAUUCAAGCAAAGCAGCUGGGAUAGCUGACCAGUCUGAUUUGGCCAAGUUUUUCCAUGCAUAUUCCUGCAAGCUAUUGCACACUUUCUUAACUUUAUUAGCAAUAGCAUCCCAUUAAAGUCUCUACUCCCAACAGAAAUGUUAAGUACAUGUCAAAGUUUCUGUGGGACCAGAAACUAUAAAAGGUUCAGGCCAUUAGUGUCAGGGCUAACAUACCCAGAAUCCAGAUAUGUCUGUAAAGCGAAGUGUGUGUUCUGUCUUCCUCCUACUCUCUUUUUUUGUCAUGCACUCUUUUGCCUUCUGAUGCAGAGUUUUGUAGUAAUUUCCUUAACUUUUUAUAAAAAUGCACUCCAGCAAAGAUGCUCUUACUGCUCUGCUCAAGAGCAGACAUCCUGGGAAUACAGGGGAUUUGUGAUGGUUCAGUGUGUUUCUACUUGGCUCAGACCAAGAUAAAAAAAUCUAUGCUGACUUACCCCAGAUACUUUUUUCCUAA